CCUUUUUGGCCAUUACAUAAGCUUUUGGUGUUUAUUACAUAAUCAGUUUUUUGAGUCGAAAAAUUUUUUGUUGAAAACUCUGAAAAAAGGACCCAAGUCAUCGGUGAUUUGAAGAUAAGAACCACCUUUUUCUUUUGCUAUUAGAAUUCAAGGAUAAGCAAGGAUGUCUGACGCUGUUAAAGAAGUUACCGAGCAAGUUGCCAAAACUUAUUUGGACGAUGUUACUGGAGAACAAGUUUCUAAAACUGAAUUGAAAAAAAGACAAAAGCAAAGAGCAGUUGAAGCUAAAAGAGCAGAAAAAGCUGCUAAAACUGCUGCUUCUGCUCCUAAAGUUUCCAAGAAAAAGGACCAAUUGGCUGAUUUGAACCCAAAUCAGUAUUACGAAAUCAGAUCUCGUCAAAUUGACGAAUUGAGAAAAGAACAUGAUGCUAAUCCAGGAUCUUUCAACCCAUACCCUCACAAGUUUAGUCUUAAUAUUACUGUGCCAGAGUUCUUGAAUAAAUACGGUUAUUUGAAAAGAGGUGAAACUUUAAAAGAUGUUGAAGUCAAAAUCACUGGUAGAAUUAUGACCAAAAGAGAAGCUGGUUCUAAAUUGAAAUUUUAUGUUUUAAAAGGUGAUGGUGUUCAAGUUCAAAUUAUGGCCCAAGCUCAAGAUGUCGAAUCUGUUGAAUUAUACGAACAAAUGCAUGAAUACUUAAGAAGAGGUGAUAUCAUUGGUGUUACCGGUUAUCCAGGUAGAACUGCUCCUGCUAAAGGUGGUGAAGGGGAACUUUCUGUUUUUUCAACUGCCAUUCAAUUAUUAACUCCUUGUUUACAUAUGUUACCUACCGAACAUUAUGGUUUCAAAGAUCAAGAAGCUAGAUAUAGAAAACGUUACUUAGAUUUAAUUGUUAACGAUGACGUUAGAGAUCGUUUUAAAGUUAGAUCUAAAAUUAUUAGUUACAUUCGUAAAUUCUUGGAUUCAAGGGAUUUUACUGAAGUUGAAACUCCAAUUUUAAACGUUAUCGCUGGUGGUGCUACCGCCAAGCCUUUCAUUACUCAUCAUAACGAUUUAAAUAUGGAUAUGUUCAUGAGAAUUGCUCCAGAAUUAUUCUUAAAAGAAUUAGUUGUUGGUGGUAUGGACAGAGUUUACGAAAUUGGUCGUCAAUUUAGAAAUGAAGGUAUUGAUAUGACCCAUAACCCUGAAUUCACCACUUGUGAAUUCUAUCAAGCUUAUGCUGAUGUCUAUGAUUUAAUGGAUAUGACUGAAUUAUUAUUUUCUGAAAUGGUUAAAGAAAUUACCGGUGAUUAUAAAGUCAAAUAUCAUCCUGAUGGCCCACAAGGUGAAGAAUUAACCUUAGAUUUCUCUAGACCUUGGAAGAGAAUUAAUAUGAUUGAAGAAUUAGAAAAAGUUUAUAAUGUUAAAUUCCCAUCUGGAGAUCAAUUACACACUGAAGAAACUGCUAAAUUCUUGAAACAAAUCUUAAUUGAUAACAAAUUAGAUUGCUCUCCUCCUUUAACUAACGCUAGAAUGUUAGAUAAAUUAGUUGGUGAAUUAGAAGAUGCUUCCAUUAACCCAACUUUUAUCUUUGGUCAUCCUCAAAUGAUGUCGCCAUUAGCCAAAAAGGAUAGAAAAAUCCCUGGUUUAUGUGAAAGAUUCGAAGUUUUCGUUGCUACUAAAGAAAUUGCUAACGCUUAUACCGAAUUGAAUGAUCCAUUUGAUCAAAGACAAAGAUUCGAAGAACAAGCCAGACAAAAAGCUCAAGGUGAUGACGAAGCUCAAAUGGUUGAUGAAGUCUUCUGUAAUGCUUUAGAAUAUGGUUUACCACCAACUGCUGGUUGGGGUUGUGGUAUUGAUAGAUUGGCCAUGUUCUUGACCAACUCUAAUACUAUUAGAGAAGUUUUAUUAUUCCCAACCUUGAAACCAGAUGCUUUGGUUAAAGGUGAAGAAAAAGAGGAAAAUUAGAUAGUUGUUUCUGUUGUAACUCAAUACAUAAGUAUGUAUCUAAUAAUUGUAUGUAGUUAAUAAAGAUAUAAAUAUAUAUAUAAAUAAAUAAGCG